AUAACAAAACGGACAGCGAGAUUGGUUGCUGAAUGGCAGUGUGUUGGGUUUUGCCAUGGUGUGCUGAAUACAGAUAAUAUGAGCAUAGUUGGACUAACUAUUGACUAUGGCCCUUUUGGAUUUAUGGACAGAUAUGACCCUGAGCACAUUUGCAAUGGUUCUGAUAAUACAGGGCGCUAUGCUUACAACAAGCAGCCGGAGAUUUGCAAGUGGAACCUGGGGAAGCUUGCUGAAGCUCUAGUUCCAGAGCUGCCCUUGGAAAUAAGUGAACUCAUCCUGGAAGAGGAGUAUGAUGCAGAAUUUGAGAAACAUUACUUACAGAAGAUGAGGAAGAAAUUAGGCCUAAUCCAGCUGGAAUUAGAAGAAGAUAGUAAGCUGGUGUCUGAACUCCUUGAAACCAUGCAUCUCACAGGUGGAGACUUCACAAAUAUUUUCUACUUGCUGAGUUCAUUCUCAGUAGACUCUGAUCCUUCAAAAUUGGAAGAUUUCUUAGAAAAGCUUACAAGUCAGUGUGCUUCUGUGGAAGAACUGAAAGUUGCUUUCAAACCGCAGAUGGACCCAAGACAACUGUCGAUGAUGCUAAUGUUGGCUCAGUCUAAUCCUCAACUGUUUGCAUUAAUUGGAACAAAAGCUAAUAUAAAUAAAGAAUUGGAACGCAUCGAGCAAUUCUCUAAACUGCAGCAGUUAACUGCAGCUGAUUUACUCAGCAGAAAUAAGAGACACUGGAAAGAAUGGCUGGAAAAAUACAGAGUCCGUUUGCAAAAAGAAAUAGAAAGUGUUAGUGAUGCUGAUGCCUGGAAUACUGAUCGUGUGAAGGUCAUGAAUUCAAACAAUCCAAAAUAUAUCUUGAGAAAUUACAUUGCCCAGAAUGCCAUAGAAGCAGCUGAAAAUGGUGAUUUCUCAGAGGUAAGAAAUGUCUUGAAACUCUUGGAGAAUCCAUUCCAAGAAGCAGAAGGCUUCAGGGAGGUAAAGGAAGAUGCAGAAGAGGAGGGGGCGACUGCUACAGCAGCUGCUUGUGCUCAAGAGACCAGAAGCAGACUACCAUAUUGCAGUAAACCUCCGCUGUGGGCUUCGGAGCUCUGUGUUACAUGA